CUGGACGGAGCGAGCGGGCUUUUCGGCCCGCUCGUGGCCCGUUCGGGACCGGACCGUUCGGUCCUGGCCCGUUGAAGAAAUUAGCCGGUCCGGUUACAGAAUUUGGGCCCGAUAUUUUGUCGGUCCGGUCCGGUCUUUGACCGAGCCGACCGAGCGGACCGAAGCGCGCUGCAGGCCGUUCCUUGUCAUCGCGGCCACCACACGCUCUGGCCGGCGAGAUCCGCGCGCUGGGUGACCGACGACCACGCCCCGCCUUCCCUCUCCCGCGUGGGCGCGCCCCUCCUUGAUUUGUUUCCGUUUAUUGAGUCGAACAAAGAAGAGAACUCAAGUCGCGCGUGAGGUAGAAGAGAACAGAAAAUAGAAAGAACACGCCAUCACACCCUUAAUUAUCUGAGAGUCACACAGGGGCAAGAGGCAGUCACGCCCUACCGUUUGGUUUUUCCUUUUAAUCAAUCGACAGAAAAUAUAUAGAGAGAAUGAGAUCAACAUGAUUCGAUCCGAUAAUUUAGGCGCUUCCCACGACAACUCCUCGCUGUUGUUCCUUUUAUUUGCAAGUAAUUAGUAAUGAGAGAAAUAAGUUCGAUCGGAUAAUCAGGCGCCAUCCCAUGACGCAGUUUCCUCUUAUUCAGACGAACAUGCAAAAAAUAGAAGGAACAAGAGAGAAAAAAUGGUUGGAUCCGACAAUCACGGUGUCAUCCCACGAUUAUCUUCACGUCAGAAUUAAUCCACCAAUCACGGCAAGGCUCAUAUAAGGAAAAUCAUGGGCCCAUGCACGCGCUAAAUCACUUGCAUGCAACGGAAAAAACUGCUAAAGAUAUACUUGCGGACGCUCGAUACUAACCGUCGCGCCGCCCCCUCUCCCCCGCGCGGCCGCGCCGCUCCCUCUCUCUCUCUCUCUCUUGUGCCUCUCCUUCACACCGCCGCGCCGUCAACAGGUGCGUCUUCUCCGGCUCCGGCCACCGUGCUGCUUCUCCGACACCUCUCCGACAUCCUAGGCCCACAUGCAGUGACUGGACGUCGCCGGGACCGUGAGGACCGCCGGUCCGCACCGAGCUUCUCGUCCGCCGGUCCGGUCCCUGAAAUCUGGACCGCUGCCCUGAUCGGUCCGGUCCGGACCGGACCGCCGGCAGCCGGUCCAAUCGACGGCUCGGACCGGGACCGGACCGGCCCGGACCGUGUCCACCCUGAGCGACUACUACCAUCCUGAGGUGGAGCCACUCGUUUGGCAGGCCAUCCUGUCAAAAUCCGAGGAAGAGGUCUACCUCCGCAACAUCGGUGGCGCCUGCCUCCGCGCCAACGGGAGGUUCUGGAACACUGACGCCACCAUCGACUACAUUGAGGACCUCGACAACAUCAGCAGGAAGAUGCUCUGGGUUGUGGAGCAAAUCCCCGCCAGGGAGGUCAUGCCUCCCCUUCCACGUCCGAUUGGGCUUCCCCACCCAAUGUUGCGGUCGCGGAUGAUCAUGUACAUGUGGCGGAACAUCCUCGGGGGCCUCAUCACCUGCGGCUCGUUCGUGUUCUGGGGGAGGUCCGUGUUCCGCCUGAGGAAUCAGCUGGUCAGGCGGCUGCGCCCCAUGAUAGACUUGGACGACCCCGAGCUCGUCAUGGGCCUCCCCACACGUGAUGGCCGGAUGUUUCCACUCGUCGUCGACCUGCCCAGUAGCGGCCAUACCCUCCACAUCUUCCUCACCAUCGCCGGGACGCCUGCCCACGAGGAGCUGCGGUAUGCGGAUGUCGAUGCAGAGUAGAGAGAUGCCCCUAGAAGUCGCCUUCCUGUCCACCUCUUCAGAAGUGUCGCCGCCUCGGGCACGACGACAUAAGAGCCCAGUUCCUUUCAUAGAGAUAUGGGUUCAGGAAAACCCAGCAGUUCAUGUGUUCCUGCUACUUAAACUUGGUUUGUUCUCCUGACAGUAGGAAACCUAUUUGCUUUGCCA